AUGCCAGUCUCAUCACAAAGAAGAGUCUCUCUAGAGCAACAUCGCGCAGAGCUCGGCAAAAAACUGCCCGAUCGUCUUCCACGGUCCCUGUACAAAACGCGAAGCGAUGGUGCCCGCUAUCUGCCCCACGCACCGAAGUUCAUCACCACUCUCCCAGCUGAGAUCACUGUGAAUCCGAACGAAAAAUUAGUGCUGUCCGUCGACGUCUCGGCCAUUCCAACAGCGGAAUUCCGAUGGGACGUGAAACCGUCGAAGAACAUCACGCUCCUCAACGAACAAAACCGAUCGACGCUGGUGGUGCAACCGCCUGUCAAGCAGGGCAAAUACAACGUGGUCGCUUUCAACAGCGAAGGCCGGGAGAGUCAGCUGACAAGGGUGUUCCACGAGACACAUUUGGUGCAAGAAGCCCAGGCGGUCGACACCAAGACCCGUCCCGACAUCCUGUUGGAGUCGUCGGUGACGGUCACCAGCACGAACGAAGCCGAUUGGGAAAUGGUCGACAGCGUCGCUUCGACUGCUUCGACAACAUCUUUCAAGACGGUCACACGACGGGAACCACCUAAAAAGGAAGAAGUACCGAAAACGAAAACUGUAGUUAAGGAAGAAAAAACUGUCGUUAUCAAGGAGGUAGCCCCUCAGAAGACAGUGCUUCAAGAACUGACCACCACAGAAGAGACGACCACAAAGACGACGUCUUUUGUCAAGGCGACGUCAGUCCCACGAACUCAAGAGAGCCUUCCGAAAAGACCGAUCCUGCUGUCAGAACCCUGGCAAGGUCUUCACUUGAAAGCCGGGGAAAACCUCGUUCUUGAAGUGAAGGUCGAAAGCACUCCUCCAGCCACUUUCCGCUGGUACGUGAACAAUUUUGAGGCCAAAACGGGACAGUUCGUCUCCAUCACGCAGCCAUCAGAGAAACGUCAGCGUCGCGACCUUCUAACUUCGUAUACGCAGCCAUCAUGA